AUGCUAGAAAUCUUUAAAGAAAUGCAUCUCAAAAACUCUAGAGAAUAUAAGAAGGAGAAUCAGAAAUACCGAAAACUGACACCUACCGGAGAACUAAAAAAAGAAGAAGCGCAAAAAGUGUUGAAUGAGAUAUCAAAGAACAAUGAUAAAGAAUAUAAUUUGAUUAGUAAAGCAGACAAAAUUAUCAAAACUUUUGAAGUUAAUUCUUCUAGACUCAAUGAACUUAAAAAGAUAUUCACUGAACUAAUAGUAGACGGCAACCUUGCCAAAAACAAAGUUAUUGAAUUAGCACUGCAACUAGAUAUCAAACUUCUCCAACUCCUUAAAUCUUCUCCCGAAAUCAAGAAAAUAUUUUUUGUAGAAAUAGACGAUAUUCUAGUUUUUGAUAAAACAAAAUUCCAAAAUUUUAUCUCUAAUAAACAGUUUCUCCCGGACAGUUUUACCCAGUAUAAAAAUAAAAUCGGACUAGUGGCAGACCGGCAAUAUCUCGCUAAUAGUGUUUUAACUAACUUUUGGAAAUAUGAUUGUGGUAAAGAAGUUCCAAUGACUGAUAUUUCCCUCAAUGACAACCUAAUUAUCAAAGGCAAUAAUCUCCUUUCCCUUUAUUCGCUAAAAGAAAGAUACCAAGGAAAAAUCAAGUUAAUUUAUAUUGACCCACCUUAUAAUCCGGACAGUAAAUCGAAUACUUUUGUUUACAAUAAUGGUUUUAAUGAGUCAACCUGGUUAACUUUUAUGAAAAACCGGCUGGAAGUAGCGAAAAAAUUAUUGACAAACGACGGCUGUUUGAUUGUGGCAAUUGACAAAAACGAGCAAGCCGAAUUGACU